AUGCACACCAAAACAAUGAUUCCAGAUCCUCGUCCCAAUGGAGAAAAGGGCGCAUUUCUGGAAAAAUUAGAGCAACGAAAUGCCCACCAUGCCGAAGCUGCCAGUGGUAGCGCUGAAGCCAGUGGCAUUGUUGAGGAAAAAGAAGAAGUGUGCAAUCUCGAAGCCAGCACGUACAUAUCGGUUCCCAAAGAGCCGUUCUCUUCGCGAUCGAGGGAUUUCAACGAUGAGAUAUAUUCUGAGGUAGCCACCCAGUGCCACUGCUCCAUAGAGGAGUUAGAAGAUGUCUAUGCGUGUACUGCGCUUCAAGAAGGAAUGAUGGCACUCACCUUCAAAGAUUCAUCGGCAUACACGAUUGAACAUGAGUACCACCUGCCUCCUGGUAUAGAUUUCAACCGGUUAUAUGAAGCGUGGAAUGAUACUGCUCAGGCCAAUCCGAUUCUUCGGACUCGCAUUGUUCCCACCACGCAGCGUGGUUGUACCCAGGCCGUGAUUCGUGGCACCAUCCCAUGGCAGGUUGAGUCCGAUGAUGAUGGAAUGCCGGGCACAACCAGCAAGGUGACCUGGCAGACAGGAAAGCCUCUGGCAUACUUCUUCCUCAACAUAACUCGACACACCCUGACUGUGGUGAUCCAUCACUCUAUUUGUGAUGACUGGUCCAUGGCACUUCUUCUACGUCAAGCCAACGCAGCCUACCGUGGUGAAAAUCUCGUCUCUCGUCCGUUUCGGCCCCUUGUCGAAUAUGUACAGGGCACUCGCGCCCAAGCCGACGCUUUCUGGGAAGCUGAGUUUCGCGAUGCGCAUUUGGCGCCGAUGAAGGCAUUCCCUCCUUUACCCACGGCAGGAUAUGUACCCCGUCCUACCAGUCGGUUAGAGCGAACUUGUGACAUCAAGCCUGGCACCAAUGCCGCCUUUACUGCCAACACAAAGCUACGACUAGCCUGGGCAGUGCUCCAGUCUCUUUACACUGGCUCCGAAGAUACUUUAUUUGGGGCUGUUAACGCGGGCCGUGGAGUGUCAGUACCGGGAGUUCAAGAGCUGUGCGGUCCAGCCUUGGCCAGCAUUCCAGUGCGGAUUCAGCUGUGCCCACAGAACACUAUUGCUGAGGCCCUCGGCGCAGUGCAGGAGCGAUGGGCGGCUACUAUGGACUUUGAGCAUGUCGGAUUGCAGAAUUUACUUCACUUGGGCCAAGGCCCAGAGGCAGCAUGUCAGUUCCAAACCUUGCUGUCCGUUGAACCCAGAGACGGCCAUAAAAUUCCAUCCCUCUUUUCACAACAUCGAUCCGUACAGAAGACAUACGAUUUGUACUCUUUGAUUCUCCGCUGCAGACCACUGACAGGCGGGAUGUGGAUCGAAGCUCGAUUCGACCCAAACGUGAUCGAUGGUCAUCAGAUCAAGCGAAUUCUCAACCAGUUCACUCAUAUAUAUGACCAGAUUGAGAAGGAGCCUCAUCGUGUCAUCUCAGACAUUGAUUCCGUGAGCCCAGAAGAUAGGGAGGAGCUCACACGUUGGAAUGUAUCAACGGUUGCCCCUGUUGGUCCAUCCUGCGUGCAUGAUCUCAUCCAACAAAGCACGCUCCAGAGUCCGCACGCAACGGCGAUUAGCAGCUGGGAAGGUGAUAUCUCUUACCAAACCCUGGAUAACCUGUCCUCUGCACUGGCUGUAUACCUCUUUCAGCAUUCUGUGGGUCCCGGAUUCUACGUGCCGUUAUGUCUGGAGAAAUCCAAAUGGACUGCAGUGGCAAUGCUUGGUGUCAUGAAAGCCGGUGCGGCAUUUGUCCUAUUGGAUCCGACCUACCCUGUGCCACGUUUGCAAGUAAUGAUUCAAACAAUCAAGGCAACUCUGAUUGUGGCCUCCAAGCAGCAUGCCCAUGUGAUAUCCCAGCUUGGAGUGCCUACCAUUCUCAACGUCGACACUCUCGACUUGGAGAAAGAAAGCGAUAACGCAUUCCGCAGCCCGUCACCAGCCACGCCCAUGGAUCCCAUAUAUGCCACCUUUACCUCUGGGUCUACAGGUACCCCAAAGGGUGUUAUUGUCAAUCAUGCCGGCUAUGUCGCGAGUGCCUUGGCUCAUGGAGCACCUUAUUCCUUCACACCGAAGUCCCGUGUGCUGCAGUUUGCAUCCCCUGCUUUUGAUUCAUGUAUCAUUGAGCAUCUCACCACUCUGAUAUUGGGAGGUUGCGUCUGUGUUCCCUCAGCUUCCUACUGUCACAGCAAUCUAGAAAAAGCUAUUAAUCAGUUCGCUGUGAAUGUCGCCUGCUUGACUCCCACUGUAACAAGGAUUGUGCAGCCAGAUCGCCUUCCGACACUUGAAGUUCUCGUGUUCGUUGGAGAAGCAGUAUUGGCUAGCGAUGUGUCUCGCUGGGAACCAUUUGUGCAGGUUCGCAAUGCGUAUGGCCCUGCUGAAUGUUCUGCUGUCUUCAGUGUACAGCCGAGGCUCCAGCACCACGACCCUGCAAAUAUUGGUUUUGCUACUGGUAGCGUUGGAUGGGUAGUGGAUCCACACAACCACGAGCGUCUGAUGCCUGUCGGAUGCCCAGGGGAAUUGCUGAUCGAGGGAUUGACUGUUGGGGAUGGUUAUCUUUCAAAUCCCGACCAAACAGCGCAAGUCUUCAUUGAAGCCCCUUCAUGGCGUUCUCAAUUUGGAGCUUAUCCCACACUCCGAGCUUACAAAACCGGAGAUCUGGUCCAGUGCGCUGGCGAUGGCAGUUUCCGUUAUCUCGGGCGCAAAGACAAUCAGGUGAAGCUGCACGGCCAACGCCUCGAGUUGGCUGACAUUGAACACCAUUUGCGUGAUGCGUUUCCACAGGCCAGCCAGGCGGUCGUGGAGAUACUACGGUUGUCUGAAAGGAAUAAUAGCGAUCAAAAGGAUCAGCGACCGGAGGCUUUGGUCACGGCAUUUGUCUGCCUCCCUUCAACAGAAACACUGGGAGAGAAGGAUAUGCAGAAAGACUUGAUUUUCCCUCCAAAUGACGAAUUCCGCGCCUCGUGUGCGAUGGCAGAAUCACACUUGUCCGAUGCUUUACCGUCCUUCAUGGUCCCCGGUGUCUUUUUACCAUUAUCCCACAUGCCUCUGACACCGUCUGGGAAGACGGACCAUCGCAACCUUCGCAAACAGGCAGAACAGUUGUCUUGGGAUGAGAUGCAGGCUUACCGAGUUUCUCAGGUGCAGCCUCAGCUGCCAUCGAGUUCACGCGAGGAGAAGUUGCAACAAAUAUGGGCACAGACACUGAACCAACCUCUCGACAAGAUUAGUGUCAACGAAAGUUUCUUCCGUUUAGGUGGCGAUUCGGUCAGCGCAAUGCAAAUGGCAGCAAGUUGCCAAUCAGCCGGGUUCAACAUUGUGGUAGCCGACAUCUUUCGAUUCCCAAGCAUUCUCAAAUUGAGCCAGAAGAUUCAGGAAUCAAGCAGUCAAUCUUCGCCUUCCCCAAGUUUUGAUGAAGAUCUUUCAGAUACCUGGAUUGAACUUUCUCCUAUCCAACAACUGUUCUUCGAGUAUGUUCCCGAAGGACACAACAAGUUCACUCAAGAGUUUCUGCUCCGUAUAUCACGGCCCACAUCCGCUUCUAAGCUUCAAAAGGCAGCUCAGACGAUGACUGCGCGGCACUCGAUGUUUCAGGCUAGGUUUGAACAACAGGAGAACGAUGAGUGGGCUCAGAUCGUCGAUCGGGAAGCCAAAGAUAGUCUCCAGUUUCGGAAGCACUGGCUGCGGUCAAUCGACGACCAGGAAGGUAUCCAGAAGAUCUUCUCUGAAAGUCAGAACAAACUUGAUAUCAAUAAAGGAACAUUGAUAAUCAUCGAUUUUAUCGAGACAGAAUCACAAGAACAGUAUCUGGGCCUUAUGGCCCAUCAUCUUGUGAUGGAUUUAGUCUCCUGGCGUGUUUUGUUACAAGAUCUGGAAGACAUCCUUACUGCUGGACAUCCAUUGCAGCCUGCAUCGAUCUCGUUCCAACAAUGGUGCCGGUUGCAGAAAGAUUAUGCCCAAGAAUCUCUUGAUCCUGAACAGGUACUUCCAGCGAGCAUCCCAGCACCUCCUCUUGCAUACUGGGGACCACCGGCAAGCUGGAUUGGCAAUACAUGGGGUGAGGCGGUACAGCGAUCCAUCACGAUAUCCCAGGAUGCAACCCAAGCAAUAUUCGGCCCCGCAAACGAUGCUUUUCAUACUAGGCCGGUUGAGAUUAUCCAUACAGCUGUUCUCCAUGCUUUUUCCCGGGCUUUUGAUAACCGGCCCACGCCGACGGUAUUUAGCGAGGGCCAUGGCCGCGAGCCAUGGGACCCAAGAAUUGAUAUCUCUCGCACCGUCGGAUGGUUUACCACCAUUGCCCCUCUCUUUGUCAAAGUAAAAAAAGGCCAGCAUGUUACAGAGCUGCUAAAGCUGAUCAAAGAUGGUCGGCGAGACAUCCCGCGCAAUGGAUGGGCAUACUUUGCGUCGCGAUAUCUCCACCCGGAAGGCAUGAACUUUUGCCAAGGGCAUUCCCCCAUGGAAAUCUUGUUUAAUUAUACGGGUCUCUUCCAGCAACUGGAACGUCCGGGUGCACUUCUUCAGUUGGCAUCGGUACCAGACCAGGGGCUUGUCCCCAUGCCACCAGACCUCCCGCGUUUUGCUCUUGUUGAUGUAACUGCAACAGUCAUGCAUGGCAGACUCAAUUUGUCAUUUGUGCAUAAUCGAAAAACUAAGCAUCAGGACCGAUUGCAAAAAUGGAUUGAUACAACCUUGGAAACCCUCGAGGAGUUGCCAAAGAUUCUGCAGCAAGACCAACGACCCACAAUUUCGGACUUUCCACUGUUAGCCUUGACAACGGACGACCAGCUUCGAGAUUUGCUGCAUCAGAUAUCUGGUCAGCUUGAUGUGUCACCUUCCAUGAUCCAAGAUAUCUACCCUUGCUCGCCAAUUCAGCUGGGCAUGUGGCUCAGCCAAGUGAAGAACCCCCAUAUGUAUUGGUCACAUAUUCGCUGGUCAGUCCAUGCACUGCUAGGUACAUCUGCCUCUGUCGAUGUAGUUAAGAUCAAACAAGCGUGGCAACAAGUGGUUGACCGUCAUCCAAUCCUCCGCACCGUGUUUACUGACAGCACUGGUGAGCAUAGCCAUCCUGUGCAAGUUGUUGUGAAGCCAGCUCCUGCGAACAUACAAGUGGUUUUGGAAUCUGAGUCUGGGGAUGAAUCCCAAAAUUCUCCUAUACCAGAUCAGCCCCUCUUCACCAAUCGGCAUGGCAACAAAAAGGGUCAACCCCCUCAUCAACUCAAUCUGGCAGUUCAACCCGGAGGGGGAGUCUCCUGCGAACUGGUUAUCCAUCACAUGCUGGUUGAUGGCGUCACUGGUCAGACUUUGCUGUCCGAUUUCCACCGUGCAUAUCAUGGGCAGCUGGGGAAUUCACCACCAGGCCUAUACAGAACAUAUCUUGAGUAUCUGCAAGGUCAUCGCCAAUCAGGCUCGGAAGCGUACUGGAAGCAAUAUUUGGAUGGUGUAUACCCGUGUUUAUUCCCUUCUUUGGGAUCUAAUACCGACGGUGCAAAUCCAGCCGCCCUGAAAUUACUUCCAUUCAGAUUUGAUUUCGGACGGCAUCUACGAUCAUUCGGUCAGUAUCAUGGUAUAACGAUCUCUAGCCUCUUGCAGGUAGCAUGGGGUGUCGUUCUCCGUGUGUACACAGGAUCCGACUCGGUGUGCUUUGGGUAUCUGAAUUCUUGUCGAGAUAUCCCAAUGCGAGAUGCCCGUGAGAUUUGCGGGCCCAUGAUCAAUCUACUCGUUUGCCGCUUGUUCCUAGCCGACGAUGUAUCAGUUCUGUCAACACUUCUAGAUAACCAGGAUGCAUAUGCGCGCAGUAUUGACCACCAACACUGCUCUCUAGCGGAGGUUAUGCACUCUCUAAAUCUUGCAGGGCAACCCUUGUUCAACACCGCGAUGUCCUUGCAGAAAGAGGCUGCAGAUCCAAUGCCGGGCCAUCCCCCUCAAAUUACCCUAGAGUCUGGACGAGGAAUUGAUUUCACCGAGUAUGCGUUGACCGUUAACGUAACCACCGGCGAAAACAAUAUACAUGGUGACUUAACAUACUGGAGCAAUGCUGUGGAUGAUUCACAGGCAGAGUUAAUUGCUGACACAUUAUACCAUGUUGUCUGGCAACUCAUGGAUCCUGCCAACACUCGCCUCAACCACCUCAAUUUCUUCAGUGGAAAGAAUAAGUCUCGGAUCAUUGAGCUAAGUAGUGGUGUACCAAGCGCAGUUGAGUCUUGCAUUCAUAGUGAUAUUCAGCGAAAUUGCCAAGCGACUCCGGAACGUUGUGCGGUGUCCGCCUGCGAUGGCAGCUUCACCUACGGAGAGCUAAAUCGGAUCUCAUCCUACAUAGCACUGCAUCUAUCUCAUUUCGAUGUGGGUCCUGAUGCUUUUGUGCCAAUAUGUUUUGAAAAGUCGCGCUGGGUAGUUGUUGCACUGCUGGCUGUCUUGAAGGCGGGUGGCGCUUUCAUCCUUCUCGACCCAGCCUAUCCAGCAGAACGAUUGCAGAAGAUGAUACAGGACGACUUCCAUUGCCCUGUUAUACUCACCUCCCGAAGGUUCGCGGGACUUGCGGCCAGUAUUGUGCCGAAGACCAUCGUCGUCCAAGAUAUAGAGCCGGAAUCAGUCUCGAAUCAACAACCUGCAAGAAAGACAUCAACGCCAGUUUCCCCUCGGUCAGCAGCCUACGCAAUGUUUACAUCGGGAUCCACCGGAAAACCGAAAGCAAGCAUAAUUGAACACCAGUCUUUCCGUUCAGCAGCUGAAGCUCACCAUCAACUGCUUCGUUUGGAUGAGCAUUCACGGGUGCUUCAAUUUGCCUCAUAUGCAUUUGAUGCCAGCAUCGUGGAGAUAUUUACAACACUAUUGACGGGCGGGUGCAUUUGCAUUCCUUCGGAAAGUGCCCGGCAUGAAAAUCUGGCCGAGGCGAUCCGGGAAUUGAACGUCAAUUGGGCAUUACUGACACCUUCCGUUGCACGCAUCCUUGAUCCCAAGAAAGUUGCGACUUUAAAAACCCUUGUGCUUGGAGGAGAAGGUAUGAGUGACGAUGACGUCCGUCGGUGGUCACCGUACCUCUUCCUGAUGAACGCGUAUGGCCCCUCAGAAUGUUCCGUUAUUGCCACGGCUCAAACGUCUGCCCAAUCCCUUGCAUGUGACACAGCAAACAUUGGAUACUCCGCAGGAGGCGUGACAUGGGUCAUCAAUUCACAAGAGCCGAAUAACCUGAUGCCUGUGGGUGCCGUGGGUGAGCUAGUCAUCGAGGGACCUAUUGUCGGCCGUGGCUACGUAAAUCGCCCAGAUCACAUGGUCGCUGCUUUCCUCCCAUACCCUGCUUGGCUACAGGAGAUUCGUGGCCGCCAAAAUGGUACUCUAUACAGGACAGGAGAUCUGGUGCGUCUUUUGUCCGAUGGAUCUAUUCGAUACAUUGGACGCAAAGAUCGACAAGUGAAACUGCGUGGUCAGCGCAUCGAGCUUAAUGAAAUCGAGUACCAUGUUCAGCAGUGCUUUUCAGGAAGUACCCCGGAGGUUUAUGCUGAUAUUGUGACUCUUCCAAAUUCCGACAAGUCAUACUUGGUUGCCAGUGUAGUCCAGCCGCCGCACAAUGGCAAAGAUCAAGCUUUUGAGGCUACGGUGGAGAAGACCAGGGCCAAUCUUGAACAACAAGUGCCAAACUUUCUUAUCCCCUCUGCCUUCUUUUCGGUCGAUGAAGUGCCACGACUGGUAAACGGAAAAGUCAACCGACGUCGAUUGCAGCAAGAAGCAUUGCAGGCCAUGCAACAGCAGUUAGAUCAUUCCGAAGCUAGUCGAGCUUUGAGAAAUACCAAGGAUAUGACAACAGAGGAGAAAUUAUUGCAGAGCCUGUGGGCCCAGGUUCUUGAGCGGCCGAUUGAGACUGUCGGGCAGGAAGACAACUUUUUCCGCUUGGGGGGAGACUCAAUUGCAGUGAUGAAACUAGCAUCAACUGCUGUGUCGCAAGGUUUGAAGCUUGCUGUUCCGGACGUUUUCCUACAUCCCAAGCUUGAAGACCUAGCACGGCUGUACUCCCUUCCCCCAAAGGCAGAGCCACCUUUGCCCAAGCCAAAAUCUCGCGAAGACGACCAAAUUGCCCCCUUCUCACUUCUUCCUCCGGAAGAGCUAGUAGAGGCUCAAACAAAGGCAAUGGCUCAGUGUGGGGUUUCCAUGGACCAAAUCGAAGAUAUAUAUCCCUGUACUGCGUUGCAGAUCGGCUUGGCGGCCCUCACUGCUGAAAGACCCGGGUCAUACAUCGCGAACCACCAUUUCCGUCUCACCCCGAACACCGAUCUAGACAAGUUGAGGUGGGCUUGGGAGAAGGUAUCAGCCACGAAUGCCAUCCUUCGCACCCGACUCAUCGAAACGGACCUAGGUUGUCUUCAGGUAGUACUUCGGGACGACAAACUUCACUGGAUUACGCAAGAUACAAAAGCAGAUCAAAAAUUGACUUGGGAGGUGCUUUUUGGUCAGCCGUUGGCCCAGUUCGAGAUUAUCCCAGGCCCCAGUCACCCGCCACAGCAGUUUGAUUUGAUGGUGACAUUGCAUCAUGCAGUUUAUGAUGCCUGGUCACUGCCUCUCCUCCUACAGAGGGCACAACUAGCCUACCACGACCCCGAAUCACCGGCAUUGAACUCAAUCCCGUUCCAAAGACUCAUCAAAUACUCCAUAGCCCAAACCAAGGGAGCGAAAAAGUUUUGGACUGCUGAAUUCAAUGGUCUUGAUGCAGAGCCAUUCCCUCCCUUGCAAUCUUCGUCCUACCGGCCCAAUGCGUCAGAGAGAAUGCAAGUUCAUAUACAAACCGGGGCCUUGGUGGAUGAUUGCAUCUCCCGAAGCACCGCAACUAGGCUGGCCUGGGCGAUAGUUCAGUCUCAGUAUCAAAGCAGCGAUGAUAUUAUCUUUGGUGUUGUAUCUCCUGGACGGACUGCGCCUGUACGUGGAAUUGAAACAAUGGCAGCACCAACAAUCGCGACAAUCCCUUUGCGGGUUCUACUUGACCGCGACGUGACCGUAUCGCAGGCACUUGCCGACUUACAAGAGCGUGCCAUGCAGCGAAUUCCUUUUGAGCAAGUUGGGUUACCCCAUAUUGCCUCGCUAGGACCAAAUGCAGCGCGCGCAUGUUCAUUCCAGACUCUUCUCAUUGAAGGGCGAGGGGAAGUUGGCAACACGCCGACGAACAUGGAUAUUUUGCAACCCGUGGACACUUGUUAUGAAGAUGGAGCAUCCAAUACAUACGCGUUGCAGGUAACCAUAAUUUUGAAACAAAAUGAGCUCACUGUCGAGGCCGCAUUCGAUGGGGUUGUUCUACCCAAAUGGCAGAUGCAGUGUAUGCUGAACCAGUUUGGUCACAUUUUGCAGCAGGUCCACAGCCAUCCUCAGCGACUGAUGCGAGAGAUCCUGACUCUCAACUCUCAAGAUGUGCAGCGUUUGAAAUCUUGGAAUGCAGAGAUCCCACCUCUUUCUACAAUGGCAGUGAUUGACGCCAUCAGUCAACACUGUACCUCGCAACCAUUGGCACCAGCCAUCUGCGCCUGGGACGGCAAUCUCUCCUACGAAGAUUUGAAUGUGAUGUCAGACAAUCUAGUGCCUUCCUUAAUAUCUCAUGGAGUGGGGCCAAAUAAGUUCAUCCCCAUUUAUCUUGAUCGCUCACGUUGGACGGCUAUUGCUGUUGUCGCGGUGCUGAAGACCGGGGCUGCAUUUGUUCUUCUGGACACCUUACACCCCCAAGGGCGGCUUCGAACUGUCUGUCAGGAAAUAAAUGCUACUCUUGUUGUCACAUCAAAAAAACUUCAAGACAUAGCCCACGCCCUAGUACCAAAUGUUGUGGUUGUCGAUGAGAACAUCAAUAUCCAGCCUUUCCUGAAAGUCGAUUUACCCCGUCAUGAUCCACACCACGCUCUAUAUGCGGUGUUUACCUCCGGAUCUACAGGGAAGCCAAAAGGCGCCGUUGUCGAGAAUGGUUCGUUUGCAACCAUGGCUGUUCCGUAUGCUGAGAAGGUUGGUCUUCAUUCGAACAGCCGAGUACUCCACUUUGCAUCCUAUGCCUUUGAUGUCAGCAUCCUUGAGAUCCUGGGCACAUUAUUCGUGGGUGCUUGCAUAUGCGUUUUGUCUGAGUCGGAACGCAGAGACCACUUAGCCUCAGCAGCCACCACACUACAACCAAGCCACGUUAUAUUUACGCCAUCUGUCUUACGUGCGGUGACUCCUGAUGAUCUAUCAUCAGUCAACACAAUUAUGCUGAUUGGAGAGCCGGUACGCACAAGUGAUGUCCAGCUAUGGGCGCCGCGUGUGCAUCUGCUGAAUACAUACGGGCCUGCGGAAUGUACAGUCGUUUUCACUAUGCGACCAUCAAUCCAGGCUGAUUCCCAGGCCGCAAAUAUCGGGUUCUCAAUUGCAGGGGCAGGAUGGGUAACAGACCCACGAGACCCUAGCAGGUUGGUACCCGUGGGAGCUGUGGGCGAGCUUCUUCUGCAGGGGCCUCUUGUAGGCCGUGGAUAUUUGAACAAUGAAGAGCAAACCGCAGCGGCAUUCAUUCCCAACCUGCCUUGGAUCCGGGAUGUCGGACUUGCAGAUGACAGGAGGAACACUCGGUUGUACCGAACAGGUGAUCUAGUCCGUUACGAAAGAGACGGGUCUCUCUGCUUUGUUGGGCGCCGAGACUUCCAGGUCAAGUUGCGAGGCCAAAGAUUUGAGCUUGGAGAAGUCGAAAAGCAGGUGCAAGAAGUUUUCGACGGCGAUUUGGAGGACGUGGUGGCACAAAUCAUCACACCAGCGGCAGCGGUACAAUCGCCAUGCUUGGUCGUGUUCAUUGUUCCGAAAGAUGGCCUUACAGCUUCUGCACCAAAAUCCUCGCCAAUCCCAGGACUAGACGUGAUUGCGCCAGCGAAAUUUAAACACAAGGUUGCGAAUGCUCAACUCAAACUUGGCAACGUUCUUCCUGACUACAUGUUACCGACGGCUUUUGUACCACUCCGGAAAAUGCCCCAAACCAUUGGUGGCAAAUUGAAUCGAAGCCACCUCCUUCAGUCCGUGGCUACCAUUGCACGAGAGCAAUUGGAGUCUUCUUUUGCCCCCAAAGCUCCAGGCAAGCGUGCCACCGCCACGGAAGCGGAGCGUACACUGCAAAGCAUCUGGUCUCGGGCGCUGGGCAUCCCAGCAGAUCAGAUUGGAGUGGAAGAUAGCUUCUUCCGUCUGGGUGGCGAUUCCAUUUCCGCUUUGCAAGCAACGUCUCAGGCUCGUGCUGUUGGAAUCGACCACUCAGUCGGAGAUUUAUUCCGGUGGAGAACGAUCCUACAGGUUGCCAAUCACUAUGCUCAGUCGCCUGAGCUUGAUCGAUCCAAGAACCCUAACGUGGAAGCAGUUUACCCCUGCACUCCGGCUCAGCGUGGCAUUUUGUUAAGCCAAAUGAGGAAUGAUACUAACUAUGUGACUCAUUUUAUAUGGGAAGUCAAUGAUCUACUGUCACCCCAGCAGGAUGGACCGGCAGUGGAUGUUCAUCGCCUAGCGAGUGCAUGGAAACAAGUGGUGUCCUGGCAUGCUGCUCUGCGAGCUGCCUUCCAACCGGACUUUACCAAGGACAGUCAGUUUGAGCAAGUCAUUUUCCGAAAUGUCGAACCUCCGAUGGUUGUGCUUCAAGUGGGGGUGCACGACGAUCAACCAGGAGUACCCCCUGCAUUCAAUACAUCCUGUGCCACGGUGACCCGCCAUGACGGCCAGGUUGUUCCACAUCAAUUCACUAUUUGCAUCACCCCCAGCGGCCGCGUUGUUUGCAGGCUUGAUAUUAAUCAUGUCAUUAUUGAUGCCAUGUCUUUGGCCGUCCUUCGGCGUGAUUUAUGCCGUGCAUAUUCCGAACCAGCGAGAGGAGGGAUAUCCAGCAAUGCAUACCAAAAGUAUAUCACGUUUGUCCAAGAGCAGCCACGAGAAGAAGCCGUCGAAUACUGGCGUUCCUAUCUGGAAGACAUGCAACCUGUGAGCCUUCCAGCGCCAAGGGCUACCACCGAGGACAUAUGCCCCGAAUCUCUUGACUUGUUGGAGAUCACCCUUAGUCACCGAGGGUCCGAUCUCGAGACCUUCUGUCGGUCGACUGACUGGACUGCUCCCAAUCUCCUGUAUUUGGCAUGGGCACUCACACUUGGCGCCUUCACCGGGGCCGAUGACGUCUGCUUUGGCACCUUGACUUCUGGACGAAUGAUAUCUAUUCCACACCUUGAUGAGGAAGUUGGGCAAUUUUCCAACAUGUCAAUAUGUCGAAUGCGCUUGGCAAGCCAGCUUACCUUUGACCAAAUAGCGUUGAGCUUACAGCAAAACUAUUCCGAGGUUCUCUCUUAUCAAACCUUCCCGCUGGCGGAUAUUGCGACAGCCGCCGGAGUAACCAUGGAGGACUUGGCAUCAACCGCAGUCAAUGUUCAAUAUGCGACCUCAACCGACCCAUCCAAGCAAGACAAAAGGCCCUCGCUUCACCUGACACCUCUGCAUGGACUGGACCCAAUUCUUCAAGACAUCAUGAUGUACGCCGAGUUCCAGGAAGAUGGCCAGAUCCAAGUGGCUAUGACCUACCGCCCAUCACGCGUGUCCCCGUCUCUCGCUUCACAGUUGGCUGAUUACUUCGACCUGGCCGUUUCAACAAUUAUCUCCCACAAACAUAACACACUGGGGGAUUUGAGUCUCCUGAGCGUUCAAGACCGACGGCGCCUCCGUCGGUGGAACCCAAGGAUUCCAGAGCCUCCGAGUUUGUGUGUCCACGAAGUCAUCCAGCAAAGAGCAGAGGAACAUCCAGGCCACUUGGCAGUCUCAGGAUCAAAUGGGAAUUUCACAUAUAAAGAGCUAGAUCAACUUUCUUCACAGUUGGCUUUAGUCCUCAUAGAAAGAGGGAUAUCAAUGGCACAGCUAAUACCUCUUUGCUUUGAGAAGUCGGGCUGGGUUAUUGUUGCUAUGCUGGGAGUGAUGAAAGCAGGUGGAACGAUCGUUCCUUUGGAUCCAACCCAGCCAAUUACCAGACUUCACGACAUCUGUCGUCGGACGAAAGCCAGUCUGGUAGUAUCAUCCACCACUCAAGCACCCCUCGCCCGAGAUCUCGCUGACGAAGUUAUGGAAAUCGGUGAUAAGAGGAUGCCCAGCCUCUGGUGUACACAGUACGGUGAUGAUAGACAUUCUCAUGUUGUCCAAACUGUCAACCCAGAACAGGCAGCAUAUAUCCUCUUCACGUCCGGAACCACAGGCUCUCCGAAGGGUGUUAUGGUUUCCCAUUUGGCUUAUACGCAUGCAGCAGAAGCCCAAAUUGGUGCCUUCUCAUUAAACAAAUCUUCUCGUGUCCUUCAGAUCUCAUCUUUCGCAUUUGAUGUGUCAUUGAUGGAAAUCCUGACCACACUGAUAGCCGGGGCCACCGUUUGUGUUAUCUCCGAGCCUGAGCAAAGUCAGAUGAUGUUAGAGGGCAUUUGCCCAUUCGCUGUGUCACAUGCGUUUUUGACACCGUCUUUGGCUAGUGGUCUGGACGCCAGCAAGGCAUCCUCAUGGGUACAGACCGUGGCUCUCCAAGGAGAACCUAUGUCGAGCACACAUAUCACCCAAUGGGGCGAGAACUGCAAUCUUAUUAAUGGAUACGGCCCGACCGAAUGUGCAGUCAUCAAUACAGUCUCACCAGGGCUCCUUCCGGGAGAUGAUCCUCGCAAUAUUGGACGGGCUAUAGGGAUUAAUUGCUGGGUUGUGGACCAGCAUGAUCACAACAGGCUUCUUCCCCUUGGUGCCAUUGGAGAGCUUCUUCUUUCCGGCCCGUCUGUGGGCGAUGGCUAUCUGAAUGACCAAGAAAGAACAACGCAAGCUUUUAUUUGGGGACCAAAGUGGCUACAAGACGUGAACCCGGAGCAAGGCUUAAACUCGCGCCUGUAUAAAACAGGUGAUCUUGUGCGUUUUGAGAUUUCUGAUGGAUCUCUUCGCUUUGAGGGCCGGAAGGAUCGACAGAUCAAGGUCCGUGGACAGCGCGUGGAGCUAGAGGAUAUAGAGCAUCACGCAUGGCGUUAUUUCCCAGGGGCCAGGGAAGCAGUGGUCGAGCAGGUGAUGAUCUCCGAACACUGGGACAUCAACGAUGUAUCGCCCUCGGUAGUUUCACGGCUUGUGGCUUGCAUAUGGGUUCGGUCAAACGAUUCAACAGCUACAGCUGAUAAUUCCAAAGCCCAGGAUAUGUCUGAUCAAGAUCUGCUGCGCAUCCCCGGCGAGGAAUUCCAUUCUCACGCUGCAGCGACUCUACGAGACCUUCGAAAUGAUCUUCCUGGAUAUAUGGUUCCAGAUUUGUUUAUUCCCGUUGCCCAAAUGCCACGAACAGCAUCGGGAAAGAUGGAUCGAACAAAACUGCGCCAGAUCAUUCGGACAAUUCCACCCCAUGACUGGCGCCUAUACUCGACAGUACAAGGAACCCGACGGGCUGUGGAGAGUGGUACCGCGAGUAAAUUCCACAGAAUUCUUACCAGGCUACUCAAUGUUCCCAUGGAAGCAGUAGGGACGAAUGACAGUUUCCUUCACUUUGGAGGCGACUCAAUUCUCGCUAUGAAGAUUGCUGCGACCUCUCGAGCUGAGGGAUUGGAGAUAAGCUCACACGACAUUCUUCGUCACCCAACUAUCUCGGAAUGGGCCGAUAUUGUGGACAGCCAUUGCGGGACUAGUUCUUCCUCUAGGCAAUAUUCCCCAUACUCACUUGUGACAGAUGGCGAGCGUAUCGGUAUUCUUUCCUCGUUCUCCUCAAAAUAUGGGCCCUUCAACUCAGACAAUGUUGAGGAUAUCCUCCCUGCUCUCGACUUUCAAAAAUUCUACAUCACCCACUCAUCACCCGUAUACACAGCUCACGUGUUCCCGGCUGAGUUGGACAUUGAUCGACUCCGCUCCGCGUGCAUGCGAGUUAUGUCCCACCACAGCAUCUUGCGGACAGUGUUUGCGAGCUUUGAGGAGAAGCUGUUCCAAAUUAUCUUACGGGAAGUCGAGCCAGCGUUUGAAGUCGUAGUUUGUGAUGAUCCCGAGGCAUACACCAUCCAGGAAUCGCAACGCAAGCGGGAAACAUCCACAGCGCAAGGAUCGAUACCUGUUGGUUUCACCGUUGUGACAAAUGUUUCCCGGGAGAACUUUGUCUUCAUUGCCAGCAUAUCACAUGCCCAGUAUGACGGGUCCUCUCUGCCCUUCCUGUGGGAUGCAAUUGCGACAGCUUACCAGGGCCAUGUUCUGCCAAAGACCGUGCAAUUCAAAGACGUGGUCUACAAUCGACUGAGUGACGGCAACACAGAGGCCUUCUCGUUUUGGAGCAAUUAUCUUCAAAAUGCCCCGGCGCUGGCAUUCGAUCCUCUUGGUAUUACCGAUAUCCCACUGUCGACCAAAAAUGACACCAGCGCAAGACGAGAGAUCAACCAUCCCACCCUUUUGCCAGACACGACACUUUCAACCCUCGUCAAAGCCGCAUUUUCUUGGGUUUUGUCCGUGCAUGUCGCAACCUCCGACAUCGUUUUAGGCCAGGUUGUUCAUGGGCGGGGGGCUCCGCUUCCAGAUGUAGACAAGGCUCUCGGGCCUUGUAUCAACCUCCUACCUGUCCGAAUCAACAUCAAACCGGAGUGGACCGUGGAAGACCUGGUACGGCAUGUCCAGAACCAACAGCUGGAAACCUUCCCUUACGACUAUGUGUCAUUCGAGAACAUUGUUGAACGGUGUACCAACUGGCCUGCGCGUUCGAAACUCGGCUGUCUCGUCCAUCACCAGGGUAUGGAAACCGCAGAGCAAUUUGAGAUGGGCGGCCUCCGCUCCUCCUCUAGUUCGAGUUGGGCCAGCUCAAAGCUAGCGCAAGGCCAGUUGGGUGUAAUUUCCAUGGAGCGUGGCCCGUGUCUCGACAUUAUGAUCGCUGCAGCCGAAGACACAAUGGAUCACCCCACAGCUGAUCGGUUGGCUGAGAAGCUUGCGAAGACUAUUGAACUGUUCUCCAGCUGCCCCAGCUCUUCUCUAGCAGCUUUGGGGUGA